CACAAAUGAACGGCGAGCAAGUUCUUUUUGGAAACCUGGAUCACUCUAUUACAUGGAGAGAGUGACUGCUGAAAAUCGAGGCCAUAGGGUGGGCCGCAACAGUCUAGCUUCGGCGCAAAAGAAGGCUCGACAAAAGGAAGCGAUCCACACCAGACCAGUCCUCCUCAA